CAGCCAACUUGUGCGGAGGUCUCUCGCGGGUACAGAGUGCUAUCAACUUUCUUCUCGCUAAGUUCUUCUGUUGUGUGUCUUCUCCUUCUUCAGUUGCGCUUUUGUCGUUCACACACCACGCGUUCUCCGUUUUACCUGCGAGUGCCGCCAAGUGCGAGAGAGUGACUGCUGUGUGGUUAUUUUUCUUCUUCCCGCUGGACUUGGCUUUCACGUGCUCUGGAACUGGGGAACAGGUUCCUGUGGGCAGGUCCUCCCGAGCUCGAACAGUUUACAGUCGACAACGAGACGGUGAACACAUUGAGCAAAACAUUGUGGUGCAGGAAUCGGAAAUCGAAAUUUACCUCGCUCAAACACAACAACAAACUUGAAUGGAUUGCUGCAAACUGUUGCUUUGAAGUGAUUAAGGGAGCGAGUGAGAAAACUGUUACCUACGUUUUUUUUUUUGGUUUGGAUUCGUGGAUUCUGUUUUAAAGUGAGAAGAAAGCAAGCAAAAAAUGGCAAUCGCGUUCUACUGUGAGGAUGAUGAUCCGAAAGUUUUGCACGGUAGCCAAAGCUACUAUGCAACAUAUGGAUACAAUAGCUACCAACAGCAGCAUCAUCAGGCUGCUGUGGUAGAACAUCAUCCGCAGCAAUCACAGCAGCAUCAGGCUGCUAGUGUUGACGGAAAUAACACCAUCAGCAACAGCAGCAGCAACUGUGCACUGCACAGUAGCGACACCAUUAACACCGAGGGCGGCAGUAAUAGCGGUGUCAGCGAGGUUGAUGCUACCGCCAGUAGCAACCGUCAGUUGAUGCAAGUCCUGCACCAGGUGCUAUACCGAUACACGAUGGAAGGAGCCCUCAGCCCGGCCCACACAUCCUGCGUGUUCUGCAACAAAAUCUACUACUUGUUCCAGCUGUUGUAUUGACGCCAGCGACGGCAGCAGCCGGAUGUCGCGCUCCACAUUCAAGGUGUCAAUGAGGACACCCGCAGUUCCAAUAAUUAAGCAACAGAGAGAAACUACGAAAUAAAUAUACAACAAGCAAAAAAAGAAUUUUACAAAAAUAUUGAACAAACAAAAAAUCAUCAAAGCUAACUGACCGACAGUGACCAAUGGUGGAAUUUUGGAAGCCGUAGAUGCAAGUGUUGCCAAUCAGCCGACCCUGAGAAGAAACCAAUUUCACGGAGAGCAAAACCAACCGAAAAGCACGACGAUUGGAAUCCUGUCGGUUUCCUGUGAUGAAAGCAUUUUUUUCUUUCGUUUUACGAUAGCAUUUAUUUGAAGUCCUCGAUUUCAGUCAACUGGAGGAGUUGGGACUAUUUUUUAUCUUGAUAUUCUUUUCAUGAAUUAGUCACUAGUACACUUUAAACCAAUAUUCAAUCAUUCGUGACUAGAAUCUAAGAUCUACAUCUAAUAGCGCAUUGUCGAUAUUAGGGCCAGGUACUAUUUUAUUUUAGUUUUUGUUCUAGUUUUACAUCGAUUUUAUCAUGUUAGAUUUAACUCUCACCGAUAAAUUUAGUUUGGAUAAAGUCAGACAAUACGUUGUCCACGCGUCCGUGGACAGCGCCUAACGAAAAUCAGCCACUUCCGUUCGAUGCCAAGGAAGAUGAUCUCAGUGCUAACUUCGUAAGAUUCGUAACGCGUGUGUUAGAGUGUGUAUGCGUGUACGUAAUGCCGACGGGGAGACGCGUCUUCCCCCGCCCACUCGGCCUGCCUGCAUUCUCAACCAACGGUUCUGAUUAUGAAAUAGUACGAUUCGGUUUUAGAUAUGAAAAAAACAGCGAUUUAGGAAUAAAUUCCAUCAUUUUUGUUUUAGCGCGUAACUUCGUAACGUGUGUAACGUUAAUUUCAUUGAUUAUAUAUUUUUCUUUUAGGUUUAUUUGUACAAUCUCAUGAUUUCAGUAAAUUAUAUAAAUCAAGAUGUGUUUCUUAAA